CGGAAACUCGUUGAAUCGCUGCGAGUUUACGAUCAAACUAAACCGGGUUCAUCGGUUCGGUUUUUUUACCCGGUAGCAGAAACGUUUUUCUUUUUUAGUUUAAAUAGAAACCCUAACCCUAAUCACUCCAUUGUUCUUCUCUCUCUUUCUCUGCCCUAAACAAUCAUGAGUUCCAAAGCUUCUACUGGUUCCUUCUCUGGAAAUGGAAAUGCUAGUGUGGAUUCUGAGAUAGAAAUACCCAAGGAUGUUGCUGAUAAAGUUUGGGAGUAUGGUGUUUCAGUAGACGGAGAAGAUGCAAUCCAGUGCAAGUUUUGUGAUGAUAUUGUAACCGGUGGACUUUACCGGUUUAUUCGUCACUUGGCUGGAUCGGAACACGGCGGUGAAGCUUGUGAGUAUGGUUGUUAUGGUGAUGAUGAUGAUGAUGAGGAGGAGGAGGAGGAGGGGUGUGCAUGUGUAGGAGUUGGUGAAAAAAGAAAAGGCGGUGAAGCGGUUGAUAAUGCUGGGAGUUCUGAAGGUGUUUCCAAGAAGAUGAGAGAUGGGGUUGAAGACAAAAGUAAGGAGGUUUUGAGAGAGGAAGCGUGUGAAGCGAUUGCGAGGUUUUUUUAUGAUUGUGCAAUACCGCUUGAAAUGGUAGAGAGUAAGGAGUUUAUUGAAAUGUGUGAUGCGGUUUCAGGAUAUGGCGUUGGGUUUGAGCCACCGUCUUGUGAUGAGAUCAGUGGGAAGUAUUUGAGGAAAGCGGUCAAGUUGACGAAUGAUGUUUUGGAAGAACAUAGAGCUGUGUGGAAGAUAAGAGGAUGUACGAUAAUGGUUGAUGCGUGGACUGAUAAGAAGAGGAGGAGCAUACUAAACUUGUUGGUGAAUAGUAUAAAGGGAACGGUAUUUUUGAAGACUAUUGAUGCGUCUGAGAUGCUGGAAUCGUCUAAGAAGCUCUUUAAGAUGAUGGAUGACAUUGUUGAAGAGGUUGGGGAAGAAAAUGUUGUACAAAUUGUGACGGAUUAUACACCGUACUACAAAGUUGCUGGUGAGAUGUUGAUGGAGAAAAGGACUAGGUUGUAUUGGACACCUUGUGUAACACAUUGCAUUGAGAUGAUAUUGGAAGAUUACGAGAAGAAGGUGCCUUUGUAUGAUGAGACAAUUCGGAAGGGUAAGAGAAUUACGACCUUUAUUUAUUCGAGGGCUUCUGUCGUUUCGCUUUUGCAUAACUUCACAAAAGGAGUGGAUUUGGUGAAACAAGCCAUUACUCGUUGUGCCACGUCUUACUUAACUUUAGCCUCUCUUCUUGAGAACAAGGGAGCUUUGAGAAGAAUGUUCACAUCUGAGGAGUGGAAGUCGAGCCAGUUUGCGAAAACAAUUGCAGGGAGAUCUGCGGAGGAUGUGGUUUUGGACAAAGAGUUUUGGAAAAACGUUACAAUUUGUUUAAAAGGUGCAAAUCCUCUUAUUGACGUGCUUCGUUUGGUCAAUUCAAUCGGGAAACCAGCCACCAGUUUCAUUUAUGAGGCUAUGAAGCAAGCUAAAUUGGAGAUACUGAAGAAUCUUUCUAAAGGUUGCGUAGAAAGGCUCAUGCCUCUAUGGGAAAUCAUUGGUGAAAGAUGGGACAAACAACUCCACAACCCUUUGUAUGCAGCAGGCUAUUUUCUCAACCAACAAUUUCACUAUAGUUAUGGUUUUAGAGAAGAUAAUCCGAUGAUUGAAAGUGGUCUACAUCAUUGUAUAGCAAGGAUGGUGAUUGAUCCUGAAGAAAGAGCUAAGAUUGAAGCUCAACUCGAUGAUUUCGAUAAACGGGCAAACCUUCUGGGUCGCCCGACAGCCGUAAUGACAGCUCGUGAUGAGGUUCCAUCAGUUUGGUGGGACGCUUUUGGAGGUGAACUACCGGAACUCCAAAAAUUUGCGUGUCGUGUAUUAAGCUUGACAUGCAGUUCUCAUGGGGGUGAGCGUAAUCGAAAGGCCUUUGAGAUGGUACAUGCCAAGUCUCUAGAUGAUAUGAUAUCUGAUUUGGAUGAUGAAUUUUCUAAUGGAGAUGAACUUGGAGAUGAAGACGGUGACGGAGUUUUUAAGUCUUUCUCUGAUUUGAUUGAUGAUUUGCAUAAUCGCCAUGUUAUUGAGGAUGAAGAUGAAGAUGAAGAUGGAGAUGAGGACGAGGAUGAUCAAAUGGAAGAUUAUGAUUUAAGUUGA